CUGGGCAAGGUACCUGCUGACCGCUGGGAAGGGCUAUAUCCAGACAUCUUCUUGAACAGUUAAACCGGAGCUCAGAAGCGCUAGGCUGGUGACUGAACAGCUGCACCAGCCAGUAUGGGGAACUUACUAACAAAAGAAGAGGAACCUUCAGAUCAAGAAAUCGUUCAUAGAACGUCAUACUCAGAGAUCUCUUCUGAACCACCUGAUGAUAUUAAGAAUGGACCUGUCACAAUCCAGGCCGUACAGAUUUCUUCUACAAAGAGUGAAACAGUGGAUGCGAGAAUGAACGGCAGCGUCCAGGAUAAUGUGGCUGUUUCUUCCCUGAAGACAAUGGAGAUAAGCUCCAUCUCUGAGGCCCCUGGAAAUAAUCUCGGGAAGGAAGCCAAGGUGGCCCCGCCAGCUGCCAAAUCUCGUUUUGCCUUUUCGUUUUCACGGCCUGUACCAGGACGUACCGAAGAGCUGGCGACAAACGCAUCAGUCGCAUCAGCUCCACUGGAUGUCAGUUCAGAAGCAGCCCCAGUGAACAAAGCAACAAGUGAGACUGUGGAUCUCCCCGCUGCAGCUGUGCCAGAGGAAGCUUCAGAUAAAACCCUAAGCGAAGCGUCUCUCACUGAAAUUGAACUCUCUGAACCAGUUCCAUCCGCAGCGGAGGAUGCGGCUUCAUCCAAGCCCAAAGAAUUAACCUUUUUUGACAGACUCUUCAAAUUGGAAAAGGGGAAAGACAAGACCCAGACGCAAGCCCAGAGCCAAGGACAGGUGAAGGCAGAAAAUCCUGUUGAGUCCAUCGCAGUAGAAGAAACUUCAGGAUUACAAAGUGCACCAGAGAAUGCCCUGCCAGGAAAGGACGUAGAGCGUGAAGAGACCCCUGUGCUGCACAACUCACCAGGUGGUGCUUCCUUGGCCUCCGAGGAUCUUGCCCAAGAAGAGGUCAAACCGGAGAACGUGAGAACAGCGGCUGGAACAGACUAUAACAACAGCAUCAUGAGUUUCUUGAAAACCCUGGUUUCUCCAAGUAAAGCAGAUUCUAAGAGUGAGUCAGAGGACAAGGCAACCCAAGCAGGCAAGACCCAAGGCGGACAGAUGGCUGAGAAGACGACGACUGAUUCCCAUGCCAAAGGCACCAAGAAAAAGAAAACAGACAGUCCCAGAUUAGGACACAGUACAUUUAGCAAACUCUUUAGGCAUAAGUCAAAGAAGGAUGCCCAGCAAACAGCUAAUACCAAAAGUACUGAGCUGGCUGUAACCACAGAUAAUGUGAAACCAGAAGCGAGCAUCCCUUCAUCUCAGGAGACACUGGCAACGAAGCAGAGCACAAAAGCCCCGGAACCUCCAGUCCAACAGCAGGCACCCCCAGCACCAGCCGUCAUCAUCAAUGAAAUUCCAAAAGAGGUGACAAAGGAGAGAUCUGCUUCUACCCCCACACCUCUAAGUAAAUUCUUUUGGAAAAAGACUCCAACAGAUGACAUUGAGGUGAUAAACACAGAAAGAGUGGAAGUCUCCCCUGAAGCUUCCACAAGAGAUGAAACCAGAAGCCUGGAAGCUACAGAAACAAGAUCCAAAGGAGAGGAAAAGCCUUCCAAGACAAACCUGAGGAAAUUCUUCAAGUUGUCAGUCAGAGGUGACGCAGGGGCAACACCUUCAGAAGAGGUAAAUGGCCCAGCGCCUGACCAGCAAACACUGGACUUCCCAGACAGGCCCUUUGCCCAGGCUGAGAGCAGAGAAGCUGCAGGUGCACGGAGUAAAGAGAGCUCUACGGAGACACUGAACAAGGCGAAAGGAAGCAAACAGGACGUCAGAGAGCAGCAAGAACCCCGGGAGCAAGAAAGAGCCGAGACGGACUCCCUUCAGAACGGAGGGGACACCGCAAAGGAGAACACUCCCAAGAGGAUAGAGAAGCGACAGUCAUUCGGAGGGUUUUUUAAGGGCCUUAGCCCCAAGCGGAUGUCUGACGCAGAAGUCCAAACAGAUCCAGUGUCUUUUGUGUCUGCUGCUCCUGUGAAACCCAAGUAAUAAUGAAUCCUCUACAGCUACUGAAGAAUUACUGGAUCCUGAUCAUUUCUUAACCUUGCAGAGAAAAGAAAUGACUUCCUGGUUUGGUUCCUCUCUCCCUUCCACUCCGCUUUCAGAUGCCUGCUGCCAAACAAAUGCUAGGCCUAAAGCAGAAAACAGGCGUACAUUUUGAAACCAUCCUUUACAGAAUGUUUUCUUUAAAAGACUAGUAAAUAACGAAAAGGUCUCUUAGAAACAA